CUACCACUCCGUACUAUAGGACUGGGGAUACAACUGGGGCCAUUCACACCUGUUCACCGAAGCAAAGUUUCAGUUUCUAACCAUUUUCAACGUAUUUCUUAUCCUGAACAGGGUCUAGAUGCACGUUUCUGUUGACACUAAAUUACUGCUAAUUCAAUAGGCUACUCUGAUGUAUGUAAUUACUUAAGUUAGGUUAUUAAUAGUCAAUAAUGGCGAGUUUACAAUUAUUGAAAGAAAACCGAGGAUGUGGUCAAAUACAGCAAACACUGAACGACGUUUAAGAUGACGUAGUAUGUUGACAAUCGUGGUUAAACCACGACGGGCCUAAUUAUUAUUUUUCAAACUUCAGACACUACUGUUACCCCUACAGUGGCAACUGUGACGCAACAGUAUAACGAUGACAUCUCAUACUUCAAAUUAGUUCCAGUUAUAUAUAUUUCGCAGACUCCACUUGUUUAUUAUCAUUUGACUUAAUUUCUUCUUUCAGUAUUACGCCUGUUUGAUACGCUUUUUGAAAUACCAAGGAGGGACAGCCUAAAUAUAGCUAAGUCCUGCCAUCAUGGCAGGAAUUCUUAUGCGAUUCCUUCUGUUGGGUUUGCUUUUUCAGUUUAACCACGUACCGCGAUUAACAAACAACACGCGUUACGCGUUACUGUGCCAAGGGGAUGAGGCUUACAAUGAAAACUCUUCCCUUCUUUCCUUUGACACCAUUUUAGCAAAUGGUGUAAACCAAAAUGUAUUUGGACCUGGACUGGGUGACCCUAAAGGACCCAGUGAACCAUAUUCUGAGGCUUUUGUGGAGGAAACAUCCUUCGCCCAUGACAGUCGGGACACGACCCCUCUCCCCUCUGCUGUGGCGCUGAUUGAGAUCGGCCCGGCACAGGAGUCCGUCUGGCCCAGCUUCAUGGCUCUCAAACGCUUCUUCCACCAGACUCUGGAGCGUUUCCACACUUACCUGAGAGAGCUUUUAAGCCAACUUGGCUUUGGACUUGAAGCACGAGACUACACCAGACCCAGUGAAAUAUAUUUCUCUGACAAACCUGAGACCGUUGUGGAGGAAACAUCCUUCGCCCAUGACAGUCGGGACGCGACCCCUCUCCCCUCUGCUGUGGCGCUGAUUGAGAUCGGCCCGGCACAGGAGUCCGUCUGGCCCAGCUUCACGGCUCUCAGACGCUUCUUCCACCAGACUCUGGAGCGUUUCCACACUUACCUGAGAGAGCUGAUUGGCAGCUUGGCGGAAAAGUGGCAGCCAAACUCCGCCCCGCACGAGUGGAGCAUCCAGGUGUUGUCCGUCAUGGCCACUGUGGAAGCUGUCCUGAUUCUUGGCAGCGUCUUCAUCUCACGAUACAUUGUGAAGUAUGCCUUCCGACACACUGAGGAGGAACUAGACCGGGCCUAUGGGAAACUACUCAAUCAGCAGAAACAGACUCGAGCUGUGGAAAAGCGAGUCAAGGAGCUGGAGCUGCAGCUGCAGGUGUACGAGCGAGAGAGGGCGUUCCAGGAGCUGCAGGUCCGAGAGGCCCAGGGCCACCUCAGCACAAUCGGCAGGAAGUGCACACAGAGAGAGCGCGUCCUUAACCGGAAGUAUGUUAAGGAGCUGGGGGAAGCCAGAAUGAUGCAGGAACGGGAAGAAUUAAUGGCUCACAAGUGCAAGACGAAGAAGAACCAUCAAACGAGCCUGGCCGCAGAGGUCACCCUUCAGGAGGAAGCGCUGUCGUUCCAGAUCCGCGAGGCCAGGAGGGCUCGCAGGCAGCUGGCUCAGAUGAAAUCAGCGAUGGAUGAGGUGGACGGACUGGUCUUUGAUUCCACGGCACGCUGUUCUAAAAGCCAGACUCCCCCUCCCGAGACGGGUGAGCGCGCUUUCCCAAAACCCGUUUGCAGCGUGUUCCUGUACAUUACACUCGCCUGAGGGAGCCCUUAUCCACAGAGUCCCCACUGCACACCUGGACUGUUAGUUAAAGCUGCAUUUCAUACUGAUAUCAGGAAGUGUCUUCAUUCUGCAGUUCUUAGUGUUCUAAAUUUAUAGAAUGACUUUCCAGGUCAUUCUGAGCUUUCUGUCUGAUCACUGU